AUGCGACGCUCAACUGUACAGCAGGCGCAAGCCGAUGCGAGGCUCCAUUCGCACACAGACAGGUGGAAAGCUUUGAAAGCCAUGAUACGAAUACACGACCACAUCAGCGAAUUACACGAGAACGAUCAGUUGUAUCUAGACCACGGUGUGCUAACCGAACCUGAUAAGACUUGUGACCAACACUCGCUACACAAGCACGACCCACGCGUAAGUGGUCAGAAGCUGGGUGGAUUGGAUAGGGAUACAUCAGAGAAUUCACGGGGGGGUGAGGAGGUCUCAUCGACUUCAGAGAGAGACGCGUUGGUUGAUCGGAAGAUAGGGCCGACAGUCAGCCCUAGCACACACUCGGACCCACACCCACACCUACCCACCCACACAAACGGCACCAAACCCCCUGGGGACACUGGCGAUGUACCUACGAACAAUGCAUCUCGGGAGAGUAUACCAAAUACAGGUAGUGGUGGUAGGAGCACCCCUUCAGCAAGGGCUGAGAUGCAUAGUGAGACUACGACUGGAGCGGCAGCCACACGGUCGUCAGCCCGGGCGUCGGGGAAGAAACAGUCCUUUGUGGCGGAUGCCUUGACCACUGUGGAUACGUCCAU